AUGUCGAUAAGCAAGAGAGUCUAUGAGAUCGCAGUUGUUACAAACACAUUUAUCAAUAUAGCCGAAGGAUCAGCCAAGAUUGUUUCCAAAGAUGUGUGUGAUUUCUACCACAACAGCAAUAUAAUAAACACUGUCAGAGGCCAAUGUGACUCUAGCAAAUCAAUGUGGGAUGAGGCAAGGUCUUUAUCGUUACACGCAAGAAGAGAAGCUGCUAAGAAAUCAAACGCGUUUAAUGGGUUUCAACAAGCACGCGCUUAUUCUACCAAAUCUUUCUACCCAGGUGAAGAUGUCAGUCUAGACACCACUACGUUACCUGUAAACACAGCUGUACCAGUGAAGGCAACUAUUAUUGAACCAGAGAAACCUAAAUUGAGAGAAUUUGAACUAACACAGAGUGAGAUACCUAGCUCGAGAUUAGCGAGAAUCUUCCAUUAUGGGUCAUUGGCUGCUAAUAUGAGUUUGAAUGCCGCUACGCAAGGUUUGAAGCAUUAUGCAUCAGGUAGUACAGAUCCAAUGACGAUGAAGUCGUUGUUUUUAUCACCAAAAAAUAUCGAAAGUAUGGCCAGAAAGUUUUCCAAAAUGAGAGGAGCUGCCUUGAAGAUUGGACAGAUGCUCUCUUUUCAAGAUGCAUCGAUAUUACCUAAAGAGGUGCAACAGAUUUUACUCCGGGUACAAAACUCCGCACAUUACAUGCCACCAGGACAGUUGGAAAGGGUCAUGGUUGGCGACUUGGGAAAGAGUUGGCGUGAACGUUUGUUCACUUCGUUUGAUGACGUACCAAUCGCUGCUGCUUCUAUUGGUCAAGUCCACACCGCUGUAACUGAAGAUUUAACUCCAGUUGUUGUUAAAGUACAGUACCCAGGGGUGGCAAACUCUAUUGACUCAGAUUUGAACAAUAUGUUGAUGAUUUUGACAGCUUCUUCGUUAUUACCAGCCGGAUUGUUUUUGGACAAGACAGUUGCCAAUGCUAGAGUUGAGUUGAAGUGGGAAUGUGACUAUAUUAGAGAAGCUCAAAAUUUAAUAAGAAUGAGGGAAUUUUUGAAAGAUGAUAAUGUGUUUGAAGUUCCAAGAGUUUUCCACAAUGCCUGCGGCGAGCAUGUUAUAACCAUGGAAAGAAUGAGAGGUACUGAGAUCGUCAAGGGAAAUUGGGACCAAUCUACUAAGAACUGGAUUGCCACCCAGAUUAUGAGAUUAUGUUUAUUGGAAAUCAAGGAGUUCAAGUUUAUGCAAACUGAUCCAAACUGGGCCAACUUCUUGUUCAAUGAAAAAACCAACAAGAUUGAGCUUCUAGACUUUGGGGCUGCUCGUGACUACAGUGACAAAUUUAUUGUCAAUUAUGUCAGAUUGUUGCGCGCUGCUGUCAAGAAGGACCACAAGAAGGUGGAGGAGUUGUCCCUUGAAUUGGGAUAUUUGACCGGAUUGGAAUCUCCUGCAAUGACCCAGGCCCAUGUUGACUCUGUUAUGUGUUUGGGUGAAGCAUUUUCCCCAAUUGACAACAAUGGUCAUCCAUUUAAUUUCACAAAGCAAACAAUUACCGACAGAGUUAAGGGAAACAUUGGUUUGAUGUUGAGUGAAAGACUAACCCCACCACCAGAAGAAACCUAUUCGCUACACAGGAAAUUGAGCGGUGUUUUCUUACUUUGUGCAAGGUUGAAUGCUACUGUCCCAUGUGAAGAAUUGUUUAGGGACAUUAUUGGUUACGAAGAUUAA